AUGAGUUUUAUGCCAAAUGGUUCUAAACCUGAAACUGCUUCAUUUACUUGUAAUACUUGUGGUACAAUAUUUAUUAAUGCUGAAUUACAAAGGAAACAUAUGAAAACUGAUUGGCAUAGAUAUAAUUUAAAAAGAAAAGUUGCUAAUUUACCUUCAAUAUCAUCAGAGGUAUUUGCUGAAAAAUUUUUGCAACUGAAAUUAAAUAAUACUAAUGAAAAUGAAGAUGAAUAUGGUUUUUACAUUGCUAAAAGGAAAAAGAAGAAUAACUCAAAUAAAAAUUUACGUAAACAUGUUUUAACAAAUCAAAAUAGAGGUAGAAAUGAAUUUAUUAAACUGAAAAAUGUUAGGAGUGCAAGUCCAGCAACUUCUAUUGCAUCUGAAUUUUCACAAUUUUCAUUAGGUGAUGAUGAAGUUCAUUAUGAUGAAACAUUAGAUACUGGAUCGGAGUUAAAUUAUACUGAAUCUGAUUUUACAGAUUUAGAUCAUUCGUCAGAUGAAGGAAUGCAAGAAUCAGAUGAUGAAUCUAUUGAGGAAGUUAAAGCUAUACCUAUCUCUCAUUGCUUUUAUUGCGGAAAGAAUAAUCAUGAAAUUGAAACAAAUGUUAGACAUAUGUAUAAUCAUGGUUUAUACAUACCUGAAAGAUCAUUUUUAAUUGAUUUGGAGGGGUUGCUUAAUUAUUUAAGUGAGAUGAUAUCAAUUUAUAAUGCAUGUUUAGUCUGUGGGUUCGAAGGUAAAAAUUUAGAAAGUAUUAGACAGCAUAUUAAAUCAAAAGGUCAUUGUAAAAUACCUUAUGAAACAAAGGAUGAAAAAUCAGAUAUUUCAAGAUUCUAUGAUUUUAUUGAAGAAGAGGAAAAAGAAUCGACAGAAAGAAAAGUUGGAUUUUUAGAUGAGCCUGAAUCUUCGGCAUUAAUAAUAUAUAAUGGUGUAAAUGAUAAUUAUAUAACUUGUGACUUGGAUGAUUCUGGUGUUCAAUUAAUAUUACCAACAGGUUCAAGAAUUGGUCAUAGAUCUAUGCAAAGGUAUUAUAGACAGAAUAUUUUACUACCUCAAGAUAAACAAGAUGGUCAAAAAACGCAAGCUUUAGUUGAUAGAAGGUUUUCUCCAGGAUUAACAUAUAAUCAAAUUUCAAGACAUGAAAAGGAAGUACAAAAAAUUGAAAAUAUUAAUAAAAAUAUUGCAGUUAGAAAAACUAAAACGAAGAAGACUAAUUAUCAAAAACAUUAUAGAGAUGCAAUAUUAGGUACAUAG